AUGGAAUUAGAGUUGAAUAAAUGUAAUUAUGAAAGUGAAUUCUGUUGCACAAAUGGUAUGUGUAUUGACAAUAGUUUUUCAUUUGAUCAAAUGUACGACUGUAUGGAUAGAAGUGAUGAACAGAAUAGUUUUGUGCGAAAGUAUCAGCAGGAAUACACUUUUUGUCAUACAAAUCCAUCGAUUGUUUUUGAAGAAUAUAAUUGUGCAUAUAUGAAAUAUCCAUGUGGGGAUGGUGAUUCAAUUUCUCGGGUUGAUGAAGAUGAUUAUAUGAACUAUGAAACAUGCUUGAAUGGACGUGAUAUUUUUCAUGAGAAAAGCUUAUUCGAUACUAGAUAUGCAGAAGAGGACAAUAAUAAUAGUACUAUUUUAUGUCGCAAAUGUCUGAUAUGUUCAAUACAUGAACUAGAUGAUUAUUAUGAAUAUUAUAAUUUGUCUUCGAUUAUUUGUCAAGAUUUAUUGUUAAAUGAUAUAGAGUACGAUGAAGUUGAAUCUUGUAAUGAUAUAGUAUAUGAAUUAGUUCCUAAUGACGAAGUGUGUAAAUUAAAUUUAACAAACCGUUUUAAAUGUUUAACUACAGAUGAUUGUAUAUUACGCAAGUAUUUUAUUGAAGGAAGAAAUUGUCAAGAUAAAUCAAAUGUUAUUGUACCAUUGACAUGUACAAAUAAAGAUGAUUUAGGUUGCCAUGUUAUUCGAGGUUUGAACGUUUCUGUUGAAUAUUUUCUUUUCCAAGAAAUAUGUAAAGGUUUUACUAAUCCAAAUUUGAUUGAUGGUGAUGAAACAGAUGAAACAAACUGUCAAGAAUGGGAAAAAAAUUGUAAUUUAAAAUAUACAAAAUGUGAUGGAAGAGUAAAUUGUCUAGAUGGAAGAGAUGAAUUAGAAUGCAGUCGGAAAGAUUCACAUGAAUGUGAGCCAGGAAAAAUCAAUUAUGUACCGAUUAAUAGACCAUUAUCCGAAGACAAAUGUUUAUCUAUAGAACGAAUUAAUGAUGAAACAAUUGAUUGUUAUGGUGGCGUGGAUGAAGAUAUUGAUUAUUGUUCGAAAACUUACCCAAGCGAUUUAAGUAGAAGAUUUCGUUGUAUAAAUAGUUCCGAAUGUAUUAAAAUUGAAAAUGUUUGCGAUGAUCUUAAAGACUGCCCACAGGAUGAUGAUGAAAUUAUUUGUUCUAGCCGAUCACGAUUCACAUGUAAUGAAGGAUUAUUCGUUUGUUCACCCCGAUGUAUGACAAAAGAUGUUCGAUGUAAUAAUAUUCAAGAUUGUAAUGCUGAAUUUUAUGAUGGUGCUGAUGAUGAAAGAUUUUGUGAAUUAAUUCCAAAACAAAUUUCAUAUAAAUUAUUUACAUUUAAUGAAUAUAAUCAAUAUCCACCCACUGUAACAGAUAUACAAUUUUAUUCAUCUUUCUAUUAUGAUAUUCCUUUUCUAUUUCUACCUGUUCAUCGUUUAGCCGUAAAAUUGAUACUGGAUAGAAAGAGUGAAAAAUGGAAUAAAGAACAAAAGAUAUGUUUACAUGGUAGUUGUAUGACCUAUUCGAAUAAUAUUAGUCAAUAUUUUUGUUUAUGUGAUAAAGGUUGGUCAGGUACAUUAUGUAAUGUAACAACAUCAGAACUAACUUGUUCUCAAGGUUUAUUAUCCUAUCAUUCACUUUGUUUAUGUACACUUGGAAAAUUUGGUUAUGAUUGUUUUGCAUCAAUCGAUUUGUGUCAAAAUGUUAAUUGUUCUAAUGGUGGCACAUGUAUUCCCUUGGACAUUAAAGCACUCCAAUAUUUAUGCAUUUGUACCGAAUCGCAUUGUGGUGACAAAUGUCAAUAUCAAACAGCUCGAAUUCAAAUCGAUAUAAAAGAUCUUUGA